AUGUGUUGUCCUCAGAGGGGUGGUAAUCAAAAGGUCCUCGAGUUACCUAGGAAUUAUCUCAGCAUUAUUAUUAGAAAUGGAGCAAAUACAAAGAUCAAUAAUUAUAACUGGGUUCUUGGGAUUCAGGGAGGCAAACCACAGCUAAGAGUGCAAAUUGAUGGACACCUGUUCUGUGUAAAAGAUCUUUUGGUUGCAGGAGGUUGUGGUUGGGAUGAAGCUAUUGUCAAAACUCUGUUUGAAGAAGAACCUGCAGUCAAAAUCUUACAGAUAAAAUCUUUGAACCCUAGAGCUUCAGAUAUAUGGGGAUGCUCAUUCCUGUCUAAGGGCUCUUUCUUUGUGAAAGAUUCAUAA